AUGGCCAAGAUCCAGCCAUUGCCUGCUGCUUCAUCGUCUCCCUCCGCCGAUGAGUGUCAAAGCCUGCAGGGCGAGCAGGUGUACACUCUGUGGAUGAAGUCGCUGGUGUUCAACGGCAACGGCUGCACGGUGUACGGCGCCGAUGGCAGCGUCGCCUUCCGCGUCGACAACUAUGACUUCAUGGACGGCGCGGGCGAGGGUUUCGGGGAGACAAGGCUGUGGACCUGUGGUUCAGAGUGCACAAGACCCAAAGCAACGGAACAGCGGGAGGACGUACAGGAUCGAUGGGUGCGCGAGCAAAUCGAGUACAAAAUCAGCGGCGCAGUUGUGGUGGCGAUCGGGCGGAAGCAGAUGGUUUCCAGAGUUUUUCUCGGAGAGGACGUCCUAAGGCUGACAGUGGGGUCGGAGGUGGAUCAUCUUCCCAUUCUGAGUAUGGUGGUCGUUUGUGGCCUGAUGAACCGUUGCAUGUGA